AAUCACUCAAUGCAACCCAGAAGUUAAUGCUGUUGGGCCCAUCUCCCAGAUGACCUUGGCAUCUCGUGCUCUGCUGUCUUCAUCUAGACUUCUAUAAUCCAUUUUGGAAGAAGACUAAAAAUGGCAUUUUUGAUGUGGACAUCAAAUAGACAAUUUCUUAUCCUUUUAAACAUGAUCCUAAUUUCCAGACUCCUUGGGGCUAGGUGGUUUCCUAAAACUCUGCCCUGUGAUGUCACGGUGGAUGCUACAAAGACCCAAGUGGCCGUGGACUGUUCAGACAAGCAUCUGAUGGAAAUCCCUGAAGGUAUUCCCACCAAUGCCACCAACCUUACCCUCACCAUUAACCGCAUCCCAGGCAUCUCCCCAGACUCCUUCCACAAGCUGGACCACUUGGUAGAGAUCGAUUUCAGAUGCAACUGUGUGCCUGUUCGACUGGGGCCGAAAGACCAUGUAUGUACCAGGAGGCUGCAGAUUAAACCAAGCAGCUUUAGUAAACUCAUUCGUUUAAAAUCCCUUUACCUGGAUGGAAACCAGCUACUGGAGAUACCUCAGGGGCUUCCUUCCAGCUUACAGCUGCUAAGCCUUGAGGCUAACAACAUCUUUUCUAUCAUCAAAGACAAUCUAACAGAACUGGCCAAGAUAGAAAUACUCUACCUGGGCCAAAACUGUUACUUUCGCAAUCCUUGCAAUGUUUCAUUUUCAAUCGAAAAAAAUGCCUUCCAACACCUGAAAAAGUUAAAAGUGCUCUCCCUAAAAGAUAACAAUGUCACAGCUGUCCCCACUAUUUUGCCAUCUUCUUUAACCGAACUCUAUCUUUACAACAACAUCAUUGUAAAAAUCCAAGAACAUGAUUUUAAUAACCUCAACCAACUACAAAUUCUUGAUCUUAGUGGAAACUGCCCUCGUUGUGAUAAUGUACCAUUUCCUUGUACACCCUGUAAAAAUAGUUCUUCCUUGGAGAUUCAUGAUCAUGCUUUUGAUGCAUUGAUGGAAUUAAAAGUUUUACGUCUGCAUAGUAACUCACUUCAGAGUGUGUGCCCAAGAUGGUUUAAAAACACUCACAAACUUGAGGAGCUAGAUCUUUCCCAAAACUUCUUGGCCAAAGAAAUGGGAGAUGCCAAAUUUUUGCAUUUUCUUCCCAACCUUGUCCAAUUGGACCUGUCUUUCAAUUGUGAACUUCAGGUCUAUCACGCAUUUGUGAAUCUUUCAGAUGCAUUUUCUUCACUGAAAAACCUGAAAAUUUUGCGGAUCAAAGGGUACAUCUUUAAGGAGCUGAAGAGCCUUAACCUCUCCCCAUUAUAUAGUCUUCCCAAACUUGAAGUCCUUGAUCUUGGCACUAACUUUAUAAAAAUUGCUGACCUCGGCAUAUUUAAGGAAUUUGAAAGGUUGAAAGUCAUAGAUCUUUCAGUGAAUAAAAUAUCACCUUCAGGAGAUUCAAGUGAAGUUGGCUUCUGCCCUAACACCAGAACUUCUGUAGAGAGUUAUGGGCCCCAGGUCUUUGACACAUUACAUUAUUUCAGAUAUGAUGAGUAUGCAAGGAGCUGCAGGGCCAAAGGCAAAGAGACUCCUUUCAUCUUGCCUCGUAAUGAAGAUUGCUAUGUGUAUGGUCAGACCUUGGAUCUAAGUAAAAAUAAUAUAUUUUUUAUCAAACCCUCUGAUUUUAAAAAUCUUUCUUUCCUCAAAUGCCUAAACUUGUCAGGAAACAGCAUUAGCCAAACUCUUAAUGGCAGCGAAUUCCAGCCUUUAGUGGAGUUGAAAUAUUUGGACUUUUCUAACAACCGGGUUGAUUUACUCUACUCAACAGCAUUUAAGGAGCUACCCAACCUAGAAGUUCUGGAUAUAAGUAGUAACAGCCAUUACUUUCAAUCAGAAGGAAUUACUCACAUGCUAAACUUUACCAAGAACCUAAAGGUUCUGAAGAAACUGAUGAUGAACAACAAUGACAUCACUACCUCCACCAGCAGGACCAUGGAAAGUGAAUCUCUUAGAGUUUUGGAAUUCAGAGGAAACCACUUGGAUAUUUUAUGGAGAGAUGGUGAUAACAGAUAUUUGGAAUUCUUCAAGAAUCUGCUAAACUUAGAGGAAUUAGACAUCUCUGAAAAUUCCCUGAGUUUCUUGCCUCCUGGAGUUUUUGACGGUAUGCCUCCGAAUCUAAAGACCCUCUACUUGGUCAAAAAUGGGCUCAAGUCUUUUAAUUGGGGAAAACUCCACUUUCUAGAGAAUCUGGAAACUUUGGACCUCAGCCACAACCAGAUAAAGACUGUCCCUGAGAAAUUAUCCAACUGUUCCAGAAGCCUCAAGAAACUGAUUCUUAAGCAUAAUCAAAUCAGGCAUCUGACAAAGUAUUUUCUUCAGGAUGCUUUCCAGUUGCGCUAUCUGGACCUCAGCUCAAAUAAAAUCCAGGUUAUCCAAAAGACUAGCUUUCCAGAAAAUGUCCUCAACAAUCUGGAAAUGUUGCUUUUGCACCAUAAUCGGUUUCUGUGCAACUGUGAUGCUGUCUGGUUUGUCUGGUGGGUUAACCACACAGAAGUCACCAUUCCUUACCUGGCCACAGAGGUGACUUGUGUGGGGCCAGGGGUACACAAGGGCCAGAGUGUGGUCUCCCUGGAUCUGUACACCUGUGAGUUAGAUCUGACUAACUUGAUCCUGUACUCAUUUUCCAUUUCCAUGGCUCUCUUUCUGAUGAUGGUUAUGACAGCAAACCACCUCUAUUUCUGGGAUGUGUGGUAUAGUUACCAUUUCUGCAAGGCAAAAAUAAAGGGGUAUCAGCGUCUGAUAUCACCAGAUCCUUGCUAUGAUGCUUUUAUUGUGUAUGACACUAGAGACCCAGCAGUGACCGAAUGGGUUUUGGACGAACUGGUGGCAAAAUUAGAAGACCCAAGAGAGAAACGUUUUAAUUUAUGUCUUGAGGAAAGGGACUGGUUACCAGGGCAGCCAGUUCUGGAAAAUCUUUCCCAGAGCAUACAGCUUAGCAAAAAGACGGUGUUUGUGAUGACGGACAACUACGCCAAGACUGAGAACUUUAAGAUAGCAUUUUACCUGUCCCAUCAGAGGCUCAUAGAUGAAAAAGUAGAUGUGAUUAUCUUGAUAUUUCUGGAGAAGCCCCUUCAGAAGUCCAAGUUCCUCCAGCUUCGGAAGAGGCUCUGUGGGCGUUCUGUCCUUCAGUGGCCAACAAAUCCACAGGCCCACCCAUACUUCUGGCAAUGUCUGAAAAAUGCCCUGGCCACAGACAAUCAUGUGGCCUAUAGUCAGGUGUUCAAAGAGACAGUCUAACCCUUCUUUGCAAAAUGUGACAGUCUAGCUUGCCAAGUUGUUGACACUGGGCUGCCUGGAUUCUCUCAUCAAUGUCCUGCCAAAACGGUGUUUUGAACUUCUCCAAGAAUGACCCCUAUCAGAAGAAAGUCACCAACAUUACACACAGGAGUUGGAAAGAUGAGAUUUCUAUAACAUUGAGUCUUGCUUAUUAUCUCUCUGUGUCUCCAUCUGUACUUGAGUCUCUCCCCUAGGCGCUUGCAUAAAAUUCUACUAGGAGCAGAAUGGCAAGUAGAAUACACGGGGCUCUGAUUCUCCUGUAACUGUGCCGAUGAAACAUACAAGCAAUCGUGAAAUUGAGAAAAACCAUGCUUCUACCUUAAUAAGUACUGGUGUAUUCAGAAAUAGGGGGGAAAUGCCCAGGUUCUGUCUAUGUGGCACCACAAUGUACCAUAGUUCAGUCAGUGAAAUAAAAACCCAAUCAGCUAACUCACUCCUCAAGCAUUUGCUUCAGCAUCAUCUAGCCCCUUCUGUGUAGACUAAGUGUUGGCACCAGGCAGAUGGUUGCUGCUUCAGUACUUCUUAAAUCUGGGACCUGCUGCUGCUGGGUUCCAUGGGGAAAUCAUGAGAAACAUCUUUACCACUAAAAGACACGGCUUCCCUACAAAUGGACAAAAGUUUUAAUGAUCUGAAUUCUCUACAAAUUGAUGCUCUUUACCUCUGAUGAUUAUCUGCUUAAAUAUUUUCAUCUGUACUGCAAAGUACUAUAUUCAAAGGAAAAUUUUCAUCCAAUGAUCUUUCAAACCCUGCUUAAUUAAUUGCUGCCAAAUAUUUGUAAUUAUCUGAGACCUCGAUCCACCAACAUUAGAUGGAUUUGACAAUCGACCCUCAAGGAGGACACCGAGAGCAUUUAUUUAUUUGUUCAUAGUUAUCAGGCAGGGAUGACAAUUAUAUGGACUCCUUUCAUUUUGCAGAGGUGGGGGAGCAGGAGAAACAGAGGUUUACGGACCUUAAUGAGAAAGUUUCCGUUUUGAACUUCAGCUUCAGUACUCAAAACCAACAAAAAGAACCAAGCUAUGGCCUUCCAACUUGGUAUGAAUCACAUGAGUUCAAAGUUUGGAACCCCACCAAGUCCCUUGAUUUCAUGAACAAAGUUAUCCUACAGAGAUGUCUGUGCCAUUUGGAAAAUUGUGUUCAUGGGACAAAUCCUGGGACAUUAGCUUGGAGACACUAUAUUUUCAUCAUCUAUGGAAAUAUCAAAGAUUUUACUUUAAGUAUAGCUGUAAAUACGUAGUAAAUGAAGUAUUUCCAAAGGAUAUGUGAUCAAUUAAUAAGGGUCACAAAUUCUGAAAUUAAUAUCCAGAAUGAAUAUAGAAGUAAUUAAGUUGCUAGUAUCCACUAUUUGACAACUUCUGCAAGCUUUAUUGUGCUUAAUCUAUACCUUUCCUGUUCAGUGUAAACAAAGUUAACACCAUAAAAUUUUGACUAUUGACCAUCAUAAUUUUUCUUCUAUUAAAACACGUAAAUACAUAAGGUUUUAAUUAUUUUGGUAAUUUAUGGUUAGACAAUUUCAACAUUUUCUGCAAUGGAUCAAGAAGAAGGGAAACUGAAAAUAAUGCAACUCUGAAACCACAGACAUAUUUCAACAUGAAGUUCAGUUCAGUGGUUUGUUUUAGGAAAACACACCAAAACUCAGUAACAGAUGGUCUUAGUUUUAAUUCCUUUGUAAUCUUGACAAGUCACUCUUUUAACUUUCUGUGGGUCCUCUGGGAAGUCUAUAGCUGGCUCAGCUCAAAAGCCACCAGCUCAGGCUCCAAGGGGUGCAUUGCUGCCAAGUCCCUGCAGAGCUCUAAAUACAGCCUCUUUCUCGGCUGACCCACCUCUGGUGGGCUGCAUGCCCGAAGGGACUCCCAGAUUCUCCAUAAAUUCCACUCUACCUUCAAGGCUUGGCCCCCAGGCCCUUGCAACCCCAUACCUGGUAGGCUAUGCCCUUCCUCCUCAGACAGAUACUGUACCUCAGAAAGACUUGGGCAUUUUUAGGACUCAAGCAGAGGCAGGUGUUGGGCAGUGCAAGUGUUAUGGCUGAGAAAAAGACCAGAAAAGUGUCUGAGGUUUCAAGAGGAAGGAGAGGAUGAGUCCGAUCACAGUCCUGCUCCUGAGUCAGAACCGCUCAGCCCCAUCCUUAGGUCUAUGUCCAGCUCUAUUUGUUGGAACACUCUUUUAGGUCCUGCGGGUUCCUUCAAUUGUAGUCAGGGAACAUACAGUACAUGAUGGGGUACAGUGACUUGAGAACAUGGGCAUCUUGUUCCCCAAUCUCCAAGGAAGCUGUGGUAGGAAUGGCAAGAAUACAGGCUCUGCUUCUUUCUCAGGCCUUUAUUUUCCCAUAAAACACGCUUUGUGUUGAUAGCCUCUGUCUUGUCCUGACCCAGAGUGAACGGGAGAAUGAGGCUGCACAUCCUGCUAGAAACUUACAGCCCAAUUUUAAAACAAGAGUAUUGAUGAGAUUUGAUUUGUUUCCUCUUCCUCCUCUGCUGACUUCUGCUAAAGUGCGCAGGGAAUGCUGGCUAGGGGGAAGAUUAGCUGGGUCAUGGGAACAAGCCCCUCCUUGGUGGUUUGCAGGGGCAGAGCCCAGAAGCAAUGGUAUCUCCCAAAGUACAACUGGCAAUGUGUGAGAGAAACCAAAGUCAGUGAUUGUGCGGGACUUAAAGAGAGAUGUGCUUUAGAGAACACCAAGACAGAAAAUUAGCGCAUUUCACCAAGUCAAUGCAAUGAAGGAGAAUAUGAGACCAACCAACCAACCAACAUAGGGAAAUGGAAGGGUUAAAAAGAGAGAAAACAUCCCAAUCCCUGGUGUGAUUGUGGGGAAAAGCCCUGGGGCCUGCUAGGACCAUCCAUGCUGGUGAGAAUGAAAUUACUACACUGUUUUGGAUUUUAUUUAUUUUCAAUCUUUCUUCUUUCACCUCCCCCGACCAUCCUCCCAUCCCUCCCCUGGGUUUUCUCUUUUGCUCUAGAUACCCAUGGCAAGCUUCAUGUAACACACAAGAAUAAAAAGGAAGUGACCGUUGUUGCAGGUGGCUUCUUCUGGUUGAAGGGGUGGUUUUGUGUGUGUCUGGGGUUUCAAACAGCUCUCUCUCACACACACAGAGUAAAUCCCCACCUGCCUUGGUGAACACAACCUUCUAUAAUUGGCUCUGGGAAACUUCUCAUGGGUGACAUUGGCUGGACUCUCUGCCACAUUCAAAUCCAUCUUCUAUCUGCUCAUCUCAACCAGGCGAGCAUAUGAUUUAAGAAACUGAAUUUGACUUGGUGCUCUGCCUUUAAGACUGCCUUAAUCUCGGGUGGUAACUAAUUUCUAACAUAUUUGUGAUGACAUUUCAGUGGUUUUAUUUCUUUUUACGUCUUCUUCCCUCUUUGGGUGAUGUAAAUGAAUGAGCUGAUUUGGAAAAGCCCAGACUUAAAAUGACUGAGGAGAUGUGAGUUAUGGCAUUUCAUAGUGCGCACCCUUAGAAACAGUCUGGGAUGAUCCGGAGGGGGUGGAAUGUCCUGUUGGCUUGUAGCAGUUUUCAGCCAUCUCUGGAGUCCACCAGUGGGAAGAGUGAGGCAGGCAGUGCUCCCCCAGACAGAAAAAAGGCUCUCAAUGUUCUUCUGGCCCGUGGCAGCCCCUGAGGCUGAGGCCAGAGAGAGGCAGCUGAGUAGGACUCCCUACUUCUUUUGUACGAUACCUGUGACUGCUUUGCUUCUCACUGGUGGAGGCACUGGAAUAGGUCGUAGAUCCUAGGGGCUUUCACAAUAGUGAGUUGCAGGAGUUGACAUCUUGAGCAAUAGAAUCUUAGGAAGAAGGCACAUGAUGAAGUCACUCAUACCCAGACAAUGUUGUCAAGUGGUGGUGGAGGAGGAGGAGAGAAGGAAGUCACAUUUAUUAGGCAGCAAACACCAGUUAAAUGCUUGCCUUAUUCCAUUAAGCCUUCUCAUCACUUCUAGGAGGAGGGUAUUAGUACUUCCAUCUUAAAGAUGAUAGGUUAACUCAGAGAUGAAGGUGGGAUCAGAGAGUUUAAGUCAACUGCCCAAGGUCAUAGAGAAAGUAAAUGGCCCCACCUGGGUGACCUAACUCUGUCCAACCGGACCAACUGGGUCUCUGAUUUUACUGGAGACCAGAAUCCUCUAAGGAGCUUGGAAACAAUGCAGAUUCCAGGCCCCCACACCAGAGAUCCUAGCCUCUGGGGCCCAGAGAUCUGCAUUUCUGAAAAUUAGCCUGGGAGGUUCUGAAGCAGGUGGUCUGCAGAGUUUGGGAAGCACCACAUAUAUUCCUUUGAGAACCCAGAGACUGCUAAUACAAAGAAAGCCUGAGCCCCCCAGAUAUGCCCACUUCCUCAUUUCCCUUCUAUGUGUGACCCUCAGUGCUCUUAACCUUGCCAGGGAUUGGAGCUGAACUUUAAGAACAAUCACUUUCCACUAAGCACCUUUUAUGAAGGAUAUAACUGAACUAUUUAGGCCUGGGAGUUCUGGUCAGGGCUAGAAUGUGAAGACAAUCUGGACAAGAACGCUGGGAUGGAUUUAGAAGAGAGAGGAGCAGGUGGCUGAAGGGGGUAAUAGGAUGGCUUUACCAUAAAUUUCCUCGUCUCUGAAUGGUAGACGUGGGGUAUGGCGCACAGUGCCACCUAGUGGACUACGCGGCUCCUCGUGGAUGUUGAGGGUCCGCUUCUGAGACUCUCUCGUGACUAGGUCUCCACAGUAGAGUGUGGAAAGAAAAAUGUAAGAAUAGAUAUAAUCAUCUUUUAAAAAUUCUGUUUGUGACUCCCAGGGGUGUGAGUCUCCCUGGCAACAUGGGACACGACUCCCAGGAAUGAGCCUGACCCUGGCAUCAAGGGAUUGAGAAUGCCUUCUUGACCAAAAGGGGGAAAACAAAUGUAACAAAAUAAGGUUUCAGGGGCUAAGAGAUUUCAAAUAGAGUUGAGAGGCUGUCCUGGAGGUUACUUUUAUUCAGGUUUCGGCUAGGUACUGCAAAUGGCCACAGUAAGCCAAGCCCAAACCAACAGUAUUCCCCAAAAUCCUAAAGAAUACCCAGGUUCCUAUCUGAGACUCUAUAAUAAAGUUUCACUCACUAAGUUUAUUUUUCAGAAACUU